CCCCUGCCCCCUCAAGAACAAGAACUCACCAUCCGCGGUCUCGAUUCCUCCUCCCUCCCUCCCACGCAAACCGGCGGCGCACCCAAGGAAAAGGAAAAGCCGAACUUCAAACCUACCGGCCUCCUCGCAAAAGAAGCGAAUCGCGUCGCGGGCACAAAAAUCUCGCUCAAAUACCACGAACCGCCCGAAGCGCGCAAACCCCCUCCCUCGGCCCCCUGGCGCCUCUUCAUCUUCAAGGGCCCAGACACGGUCGGUACCAUUGAGCUGGGUAGCCAGUCGUGCUGGUUGUUUGGGCGCGCGAGGGAGGUGGCGGAUGUGUGGCUUGAGCAUCCCAGUUGCAGCGGUCAGCAUGCUGUGAUUCAGUUCCGGUAUAUCGAGAAGGUGGUUGAGGAGGAUGAGUUUGGAGGGAGGAAGAAGGUGGGGAAGGUGAAGCCGUAUUUGAUUGAUUUGGAGAGUAGCAAUGGGACCGAGUUGAAUGGGAAGGAGGUCGAGGCGGGGCGAUAUGUCGAAUUGAGGGAUAAGGAUGUGCUGAGGUUUGCGGGGAGUGAGAGGGAGUAUAUGAUCAUGCUGCCGCCGAGGGAGUAA